CUCGGUAGGGAUUGCGGGUGGGCCGCCGCUGGACCCUGUGCGCGCGCCCGCCACCAACUUUCCCUCCAGACCGGCGAGGGGUGGCGCGCUCCGCCCCCGCCCCCGGGCCGCGCACGUCCGAGCUCGGUGGCGCGCACGCCUGCGGGAGCCCUCUCCAAGCAACCCAGUGCUGAUCGCCGGUGCCGGUGCGGCCGUUCCCCCUCCAUAGCGGGAGGCGAGGCUCCGAAGCAGCCCCCUCCUCCUCCAGGGUUCACCUCCUACCUUCUUCCCUGUGGACCUCGGGGCAUGAGCAACGAUGGCGGGCUGCAUCCCUGAGGAGAAAACUUACCGGCGCUUCCUGGAGCUAUUCCUGGGCGAGUUCCGCGGACCGUGCGGCGGCGGCGAGCCAGAGCCCGAACCCGAAUCCGAGCCCGAGCCCGAGCCCGAAGCGGAGCUGGUUGCCGCUGAGGCGGCCGAGGCUUCGGGGGAAGAACCGGGGGAGGACGCUGCGACGGUAGAGGCGGCCGAGGAGGGGGAGCAGGACCAAGACCCCGAGCCCGAAGAGGAGGCGGUGGAGGAGGAGACGGCGGCGGAGGGCGAGGAGGAGGAAGAGGAGGAAGCGGCUGCCCUGGGGCACUCGGCCGUGCCGCCGCCGCCGCAGCCCCAGCUGCCGCCGCUGCCCCCGCUCCCGCGGCCGCUGUCGGAGCGCAUCACCCGAGAGGAGGUGGAGGGCGAGAGCCUGGACCUGUGCCUGCAGCAGCUCUACAAAUAUAACUGCCCUUCCUUUCUGGCUGCCGCUUUAGCCAGAGCCACAUCAGAUGAAGUCCUCCAGAGUGACCUUUCUGCUCACUGUAUCCCAAAGGAAACGGAUGGCACAGAAGGGACUGUGGAAAUUGAGACAGUGAAACUGGCCCGCUCUGUCUUCAGCAAGCUCCACGAGCUUUGCUGCAGUUGGGUGAAGGACUUCCCCCUGCGCAGGAGGCCUCAGAUUUAUUAUGAGACAUCCAUCCAUGCCAUCAAGAACAUGCGCAGGAAGAUGGAGGACAAGCACGUCUGCAUUCCUGACUUUAACAUGCUCUUCAACCUAGAGGACCAGGAGGAACAAGCAUACUUUGCAGUAUUUGAUGGCCAUGGGGGAGUGGACGCUGCUAUUUAUGCCUCUGUUCACCUACACGUAAACUUAGUGCACCAGGAGAUGUUCCCCCAUGAUCCUGCUGAGGCUCUCUGCCGGGCCUUCCGUGUCACAGAUGAGCGGUUUGUGCAGAAGGCAGCCAGGGAGAGUUUACGUUGUGGGACCACAGGAGUAGUGACUUUUAUCAGAGGCAACAUGCUCCACGUGGCAUGGGUGGGCGAUUCCCAGGUCAUGCUGGUAAGAAAGGGGCAAGCUGUUGAACUAAUGAAACCACACAAGCCAGACAGAGAGGAUGAAAAGCAGCGGAUUGAGGCCCUUGGAGGCUGUGUGGUUUGGUUUGGUGCCUGGAGGGUGAAUGGAAGCCUGUCCGUCUCCAGAGCCAUCGGAGAUGCUGAGCACAAGCCAUAUAUCUGUGGAGACGCAGAUUCUGCCUCCACUGUUCUGGAUGGGACUGAAGACUACCUCAUUCUGGCCUGUGACGGCUUCUAUGACACAGUGAACCCUGACGAGGCAGUGAAGGUUGUGUCUGACCACUUGAAAGAGAAUAACGGAGACAGCAGCAUGGUUGCCCACAAAUUAGUAGCGUCGGCUCGUGAUGCGGGGUCAAGUGAUAACAUCACUGUUAUUGUGGUAUUCCUGAGGGACAUGAACAAGGCUGUAAAUGUUAGUGAGGAGUCAGAGUGGACAGAGAACUCUUUUCAAGGAGGGCAAGAAGAUGGUGGGGAUGAUAAGGAGACUCAUGGAGAGUGCAAGCGCCCUUGGCCACAGCACCAGUGCUCAGCACCCGCCGAUCUAGGCUAUGAGGGGCGAGUGGAUUCAUUCACUGAUAGAACUAGCCUCAGCCCAGGGCCCCAAAUCAACGUGCUGGAAGAUCCAGACUACCUAGAUCUCACACAAAUAGAAGCAAGCAAACCUCACAGUACCCACUUUUUGCCACCAGUUGAGAUGAUUGGUCCUGGUGCACCAAAGAAAGCAGAUCCUAAUGAGCUAAUAAUGGAGGAGAGAUCAGUCAAGUCAUCAUUGCCUGAACGGAGUGGUGCUGAUGAGCCUCUGGUUUCUUUUAAUUUGGGUUCAACAGGGAAACAGAUAUGCAGAAUGGAGAACUUGUCUCCUGUCUGUUCUGGGUUGGAAAAUGAACAGUUCAAAUCCAGGGGGAAAACAGCGUCUAGAUUGUAUCAUUUACGCCACCACUACUCCAAAAGGCAGCGUGGAUUCAGGUUUAAUCCAAAGUUUUAUUCGUAUCUGUGUGCUCGAGAGCCUUCUCACAAAAUAGGCAUUAGCCUCUCCUCACUUACUCGAAGUGGGAAGAGAAACAAGAUGUUAAGAAGUUCUUUGCCAUGGAGGGAAAAUAGUUGGGAAGGAUAUAGUGGAAACAUGAAGAUCAGAAAGCGUAAUGAUAUUCCAUGCCCAGACUUUCCCUGGAGCUAUAAAAUAUAAGACUUUUUCUUCAAUGUAGGCUAGCUAGUUCUCUCAGAAAUAUAACUAUCAGAGUAGAAACAAGGUAGACAUUUUUAACGUACAUGUGCUUCAUUAUGAAUCCACGGAUGGCUCAACCCUUAAAUGUACAUAGAUCUUUAGGAAACUCAAAAUAGUGUUUUCAAUCUAAUCAAAAGUAUUGGCGGUUUCACUAGAAAAAUUAUUCAACUGGUCCCUGUGAUGUGUCUCUCUACCUACAUACAGCCCCCUCUCCACCAUCCCUUCACGUCACUAGUGGAAGCUUGAAAGUUAUUCCAGUCAGAAUAUAUGAUAUGGAUAUCGCAACUAUCUGGUCUGAUGUGCCUAAUCUAAAGAAAACAAUGCAGAACUAAAUGUUGUUGGGAAAUGUCCCUCAAGAUCUUGGGGACUAUGGAGCAUCUCUUCCCAAUUGUGUUGGUAGGUGAAAGACUAAAAGCCACACGGGUCUAAACUGCUGAUGACAGACGCAGUAAACCAGUACCAAAGUGUCAUAUUCUCAGACUUGGAGGCAGUAUACAGUAAGAGAAUUCAUUUUUCAUAGAAAAUGAAAGGCAACUAUGAACAUUUUUAAUUAAAAUACUUCAUAAGGUUUUAGUUAUUUGAGCGUUUUAUAACCUGUUAUGGUGCUUUUGGUGGGAUUUUGUUACUCGUUAUUUUAGGAGACCACCGUCAGCUGGUUGUAACCUAUGAUGCUAAUGUUUUUCACAGUACCUUCAUCUCAGGAAUAAAAGUGGUUUAGCAGAGAUGAUGUCAGGUACAAUAUAAGACUCAUGCCAUUUAAAAAGAGUUGUGAAAAUAGCAUUUCUAUAUUUUCUGCUUUUUUUAUGUUUACAGACAGCAAAGGCAUAUAUCACUAUAAAACGUAGUUUGGAGAAUGAAAAAAAUGAUAGUUUUAACUUCUCUAAAAUUGUUUUCCCCAAGGGAAUGAAGUAAUUGGUAUGAAGGAGGCUGAGUGUGAACCCAGAGGCCAAGUGCAAAGGAGAAUGCAGAUUACUGAGGGCCAGGGCUGUUUAGUUGUAACUGGAAGACGAGCCAGAGUCCAGCUACUUGCUUCAGACUACACUGACAGGUCAUGUGCUUCUCAUUUCAAUACUUAAGUUAUAGUUUGUAGUUUUAAAUCUCUUCAAUACUUAAGGUAUAGUUUAUAGUUUUAAAUCAACCACCUUUUGCCAUUUCAAAGUUUCAAAGCAGAAAGACAGCAAGUACAUGAUCGUCUUUGUUCAGUGAGGCAGCCUGGUUUCUCUCAGCCAUGAAAGGUCCAUGUCCUCAUGUUCCCCACCCCCACUCUGGGCCAGUCAGGCCAACAGGCAAGAGUAGCUGCUAGAGCCAUUGCUCACAGUGCAGGAACUGCGAAAUGUUCCUGCUGAGGCACCGCUGCUCCCCAAUCAUGGUCUAUGUAACACAAUUCAUGCUGCACUCUCCAGAACCACAGAGGACAUAAAUGACUAACAUAUCACAGGUACAUCAAAUUAAGAGACUAAAACCCAGCUUCUCUUCAGCAAUGGUCACACUGUUACAAUGGUCACACUGUUAAUCUAUAACUUUUAUUUUUCAACAUUUGAGAGUAAGUGGAGAUUAACACUGUUAAUCUAUAACUUUUAUUUUUCAACAUUAGAGAGUAAGUGGAGAUUCUCAGUGUGUUUUCUGCUGACCCUGCAGUUGGUCUUGCCCUCCCCAACAGCACCCGUGACACCCAGGUGGAGAGGAAUACCUGAGGCUCGACCUCAGCAGGGUUCAUGUCAUCCUCACUCAUGCUCUACCUACACAUGGCCCUUGCUCAUGGCUGUCUUUUUCUGAAGCCCAGAUCUUGUUGACAACCCAUGAUGUACAGGGUCUCUUUCAAAUCAUAAUUUCUAAGGAAACAAGAAAAUGAGGCAGCAGAACACAGGUGUCCAUUCACAUCCCAAAGUAGUUAAGUACAUCUGUGGUUACCUGUUGGCAAUGAUUCUAAUCUGAAUGAAGAGAAAAGAAAAAUUUUGAAGUGAUAUAGGCUUUUAAUCAGUGGGGUAAAAAAACAAAACAAAACUGGGUAGAUGAAACUGGGACAAACAGACCCAUUUUGAAAGGUCUGGAUUUUGUAAGUCUGACUACACAGCAGUGUUAACUCCAUUUCUCACAUCAUUAGCUCUCUAGAAAAUAGAGAAAAGUAUUUCUAGUGUGGUCAAGUUAAUAAACCAAUAUUGUAAAAACUAACUUCAUUUGUUCACAAUGUGCGUAUUUAUAAGGUAGUUAGGUACCAUUUGUAAGGUAAGUCCUUUAACAUUCUAUAAUAUUAAAGUAGUGGUUAUUGGCCUGAUAAAUGCUGCUGUUGGUUCUAUAAACCAGACAAGAAGCAGUGCUUUGUGAAAUGCAGUAUUAAACCUUAAUGCCACUGGUGAUAGGAAGUAGCUCCCUUCAGUUCAAAUCCUCUGCCCUUAUUUGCUGCUUGCUAACGUAAGCAAUAAGUAACCCUCUAACUAACGGUAUCUAUACAUUUCUGUAACUUAUAUUUAAUGAUGGUGUAUCUGGUGAUUGUAAAAAUAUUAGACAGAUAUAAAAGUAUCUAUACUAUAUAUUAACUGUAAAUGCUGAGGUAUAUAGUCUGUGAAUUAUGUGUUUUGUACCUCUAUUUCAUUGUGCAAUUUAGUGGUGGUGAAAGUUCUACACUCGAUCCUUAAAGAGUGGCAGUAUCACUUUUUCAAUUAACAUGAUCUGCAUCAAUUUGUUUGCUUGCUCAAACAGUUUUGUUAAAGUAGGAAAUAGCAAAACAAAUAUAAACAAGAAAGUGUAGUAUCUGAUAGGAAAGUAGACAAAGUCACCAACCGAGGUUACUACUCCUUGUGUAUUCACUGUGAGUCUCAAAGGGCAUCAGGCCCUAAUUUCAAAGGUUUCUUUUUUUCACUUCUUGAGACAUGUAUAUUGGGAAGGAUAACUGAGAUUGGCAACAUUACAGCACCAAAUACUGGGGCUAUUAGUAAUAUGUAUGUCUGUACAACAGAGGUCAGACAGAAAGCCAUGUAUAUACCUUUUCUUUACCUAUAAGUGCCAUCCAUUGUCCUUAAGGUAAUACAAUUAAAAUCCAGGAUGCAUUUAAUUUAACAGAAGACGCCCUGAAAGUGGCAUCCUUUCAAAGGACAAUGUUAGUAAUGUCAACACUAAGUCUAGUCCUGACCAGUCUUAGUGGUACAGCAUCAUCAUGUCAUUUCCAUGACCACCACACUCCACUGCUAGAACACUGUGCCAGUAAGACGUGCGGCAUCCAAGGGGCAGAUAGACAUGAUGCAUGAUGCAGCAAAGUGUUGCGGACAAGUAAACUGCUGUGCUUCAAGUACUUCCUCCCCCACCAAAGGCUUCCUGAGGUUUUGUGAGAAAAGGUCUAAAUUAUUUUAAUUUUUAAACUUAAUUUGUUCAAUGAGCUUUUUCACCUAAGGCUACAAAAGAGGAUACUAUAGUUUUGUUCAAACCUGUUUGGGGAAAUUUUCUUUGUAUCAUAAGUUACUAAAAGAUUUGUUUUAACCUUUUAAAACCAGGAUAAAAAACUAAGACCCCAACACUCUUCUGUUUUGAUCUAUGAAAAGAAGGCUGUUCCUUUAAAACAAUUGAUACUGCCAGUAUUAUAACAGCCAAAUUGUACCUACUGAAGGGAAGUCCUGCUGUUGCAUCCCUGGCAGCGUUGGACCAGCUCAGGCCUGUUUAUUAUACUGAGUAGAAACCUGAAGGAGGGCAGGGCGGGGGGUUCCACACUGGCGCAGCAGUCAUUCUUGAAAAGGAAAUCUUGAACUGACAUCUGAGAUAAUGCAGAUACAUCAUUGUAAUCUCUCUAGGUGCUCUUUGGUGAGAGACAAGCUUUCUCUUGUUCAUGACAUUUCUCUGCAAAGAAUUCUCUCUGGAGUGAAGUGAGUGACGUUACGAUUUACAAACCCACUCUACAGAUCACUUUUGAGUUGAGUUGUAAUCAUAAGUGAUCCUUCAUAUUUUAUUUAUUAAAACUGUUUAUUCAGGUAAGGAGUAUGUUGAAAUUUUGCCAAUAUCUUAAUAAAACUCAGCAAUUAAAAUCCA